AUGCUAAUCUAUGGCGUUGUUGGUGGUGUUGGAUUCGGAAUGAUUUAUCUCCCAGCCAUCGUUGCUGUCGGGUACUAUUUUGAAAGUAAACGAGCUAUCGCUACUGGUAUUGCUGUUGCUGGCUCUGGAGUAGGUACUAUGAUCAUGCCAUUCGUUUGCCAAUACUUCAUUACAACCAUUGGUUGGAAGUAUACCGUAUGGAUACUGGCAGGACUAGUUUUUCUCUGUAUUUUCUUUGGUUUGCUAUAUCGACCACUAGCACCACCGAAGAUCGAUCAGAAGGAUCAAGAGCUCGUACCACUCAGAGCUGCACUAAGAAAAAUGUCAGAAGCAGACGAUUUCGACAAUCGUGCCAAUUCUCAGAUGUCCAACGAAAAUGACAGUCCAACGAAGCGAUACUCCAGAGUAGAAGCAGAAAACAACCAUGAUGAUCCAGUAAUGGCACGUCUCCGAAGUGCGUUGUCUGAAUGCGAAAAUGAUGCUGACACUUCACCAUCAACGCCAGUUCGACCUCCACUUUCACCUGUAUUGGAAAAUGCUAUCAGUAAGAGUCGAGCUGGCAGUACACAUCAAACCCACAUCGCCAGUAAUGUACGAGGCAGAAAACUAACACUGACGAGGUAUUGUCAACAGCUCCAUUUCAGUCAGUAA